AUCUGUGUACUCACACACACAGCUCAUUUAAUCGUCUACACGUGUUCGGGUCGGUUAUGGCUUCUUUAAGCAGUCACUUGAUCAUAUGUUAUUUAUUUGUUGCUGCAAUAUCGUGUUAUCCCGUUGAUAAGAAAGCAACAAACCAGACAACCGAGGUUAAGGACUUCCAACCUGUUCCUUUACCAACAGAUUUUGGUAGCUACGAUCUGGACGGGAAUGGAUAUAUUGAUUUGAAGGAAUUGGCUGAGGUAUCGGAAACAUCGCACGAAGAAGCCAAGAAACCUUUCGUUGAUGCUGAUGAUGAUGAUGAUGAUCAAAUCAGUCCGUCCGAAUUCGAAAAAGCUCCUUGGAGCCUUCAGGGAAAAGUCGAAGAUUUCAGAGGAGAAGAGGACGAUAACAUGGAAGACAUUCUCAACGAUGAAGAAGAUAUGAUGAUGGAAGCUGGUGAGCCUGUUAUUGAAGACGAAAUGGAUGAUGAUGAUGAUGAUGAUGAUGAUAAACUAAAAAUAGACGAAGAAAAUGAGAGAGAAAUGGAUUCUCACAGAGACGAAGAAGUGACAGAUUAUGAUGAUGAUGAUGUGAAAAAUUUAGAAACCGAUGACGCUAAUGACGAAGAUAAUGACGAUACGCUGAAAGAAGAGCCGUUAGAGGAGGAAACAGAUGAUGAUCGAAGUCUACCAGAGGAGGAAGCAAUAGGCGAAGAAGAAGACGAUGAUGAAGAGGAGGAAGACGACGACGACAACGAAGAAAUCGAAUCAGACCUUUCCGAUCCUCGUCUUCUUGAAGAUAAUUUAAGAGAAACGGGUUACGGUUCCGAAGAAGAGACGGUGGAAAAUACAAUUUAUUAAAAAAAAAAAACAAAUCUUCAAGAAAACUUUCGUGUUCUUUUAGUGAAAACAACAGCAAAAAAUACUUUCUUCGGAUUUA